AUGAAUGACGACAAUGAUACAAGCAUGCAGCAUCUUAUUGAACUGGCCGAUAGUAUGCUGGACAGAAUGCGAGGUCGAACAUCGUUCAACAGCGGGAGCAGCGCCAACGAAAGUAAUGCUAGCCGUGUAAGUAGGGAAACCAGAAGCACCGCACAAGCAGAACAAGGCUUCGCCAUAACAGUAUCGUUAGGACGCCAGAGUGACUCAUGUGACGACAGUACCGGCAGCAAUACAACCAUACUGUGCAGCCGCGACGAAUUAGAAGUGGCAGAAGCAUCGACGCCUAUCGCAGUAGCCGACCAAUCGUAUGGGCAGGAAGUUAUCGUAAUAAGCACACCAGCGAUGGAAACCAGAAUCAGCCGGCGAGCGCGUCGAAAUGUAUGCCCACCACCGAAUGCUGACACAUCCGUGAUCGAUUUAUCGAAUUAUCAGGAAGUGGGACCGGUAAUGGCACCAAUUGUGAUUAUCUCAUCGGACGAAGAAGAAGGUGAAACGUCAAGAACGGUGCCAACAUCCUUGCCACCACGACUACCACAAUACAGUUCGACUGAAUUGAAUACGACAUCGUCUAUUGAGAGAACUUCGGAUCCCGUUUCCAGUACGAUCCCAGCUAGACGCCCCACUAGACGAAUUAAUAUAACAAAUACUCAGCACCAGAAUAUAAUUGAGAUCAGCCUGAGAGAAUCAAUGCCAACAUCGACCGAGUCCUUGCCCGUUGCUGAACCACUCCCAAAUCCAAAUCGCGACAAAACGCGCCCUUCCCGACCAAAUAGAAUAAUCUGUCCGAUCUGCUACGAAAGGCUCGCCAACCGGAAGGCAAUUUCAACAUCCUGCGGACAUGUGUUCUGUUCCAAGUGUCUCCUUCACUCACUGCGGCGUUUUCAAAAUUGUCCCGUUUGCAAAGAGUCCUUGACAAACAGCAACAAGAUGCAUCCAGUUUAUUUUGCUACGGAAUGA